GGCGCCAUUUGGGACACGGACGGAAAGAAACUGAAACUCGCCCCCAAACGGCAAACAUGGCGGCCCAGCGGAAGACUCUGAUGCACAGUCACCAGAGCUGGACAGAUGACCUACCAUUGUGUCAGCUGUGUGGGGUGGGAGCAGCCCCGAACUGUGUGUACGGCCCGGAUGGCAAAAGCACCCUGAGCCACCCCAACGAGGACUGCCACUUCCGCUUCAGUACCGAUUGCUGUUUCCUGUAUGGAGUGUUUAAUGGUUACGACGGCAGCCGUGUGGCUAAUUUCGUAUCCCAGUGUCUGACCGCAGAACUACUACUGGGUCAGCUCAACUCCAGCCACUCGGAUACUGACAUCCGACGCAUCCUCACUCAGGCUUUUGAUGUGGUGGAGAAAAGUUACUUUGAGACCAUAGAUGACGCACUGGCAGAAAAGGCCAACCUGCAGGCGCAACUUCCUGAGGGGGUACCGUUUCACCAACUGCCUCCUCAGUUUCAGAAGAUCGUAGAGCGGCUGAAGGCUCUGGAGCAGGAGGUGUCUGGAGGAGCCACAGCGGUUGUUGCCCUAAUCCUCAACAACAAGCUGUACAUCGCUAAUGUGGGUACCAAUCGUGCUCUGCUCUGCAAAUGUACCCCUGAUCGGCAGAAUCAGGUUAUUCAGAUCGGACGCGCUCACACAACUGACAAUGAGGAGGAGCUCGCAAGACUGACCCAGCUAGGUCUGGACCCUGCUCGGUUGAGACAGACAGGACUAAUAGCAGGUCAGAGCAGUCUGAGGAGGAUUGGAGACUAUAAGGUCAAAUUCAACUACACAGAUAUCGAUGUGCUGAGUGCGGCCAAGAGUAAGCCGAUCAUCGCAGAGCCUGAGAUUCACGGUGGCCAGACGUUGGAGGGCGUGACGGGCUUUCUGUUGCUGAUGUCAGAAGGGCUCAUUAGGGCUCUUGAGGCUGCCCACGGCCCUGAGCAAGCCAAUCAGGAGAUGGUUGCCAUGGUGGCAGCAGAGCUGGCCCAGCAGAGCAGUCUGGAGGCAGUGGCCCAGUCGGUGGUGGAGCGCGUUAAGCGGCUUCAUCAUGACGCCUACGCCAGCGGCAGGCAGAGAGCGCCGCACUGCUCCCGGCACGAGGACAUGACCCUCCUCAUCCGCACCAUUAAUUACCCUCUAUCAGACGGCUCACUCACACCCACUCAGGGUGGCCGAAUUUAUCCAGUCUCUGUGCCCUACUCCAACAGUCAGAGCACUAGUAAGACCAGUGUGACCCUCUCUCUGGUCAUGCCCUGUCAGGGCACACUCACUAACGGAACCAACACUGCCUCCACCCUCGAAGGAGGCACUCCAACGCCAGGGCAGAGUCCCACAGCCACGCUGCAGUCCACCAACACGCAGACGCAGAGCUCCAGCUCCAGCUCAGGCGACGGCAGCCUCUUCCGCCAGAGGGGCUGCCAGGCAGCACAACCGGACGAGACGGGACGCGUGCCGCCAUACGUGGACUUCACUCAGUUCUACCGGCUGUGGGGGACGGAGCACAGCGAGGGUCCAGGGCAGGGUGUGCUGGGACCCCAGUGAGGGUAGGGGUGGGUUGUGGUGCUCAGCCCUCCUCCUAGAGAUCUGCCUUCAUGCAGAGUUCAGCUCCAGUCCACAUCUAACUAGGGUCACAACUAACAAGGGUCAGUUAAUUAACUGAUGAAACUGUUUGCCAUGGACAGUUUCCUCUUACUUUGCCCAGUCGCCACACUGCAGUCAUUAAAAAUUCUGUGUGUGGAAGUGAUUGCUUCCUUCAUUUAAAUGACCAUGUCAUAAAAACAUAGACUUCAUAAGUCAUUUGUCAUUCAGUAGUUGGCGUGUCAUGCCCAUGUCAGGAACUCCAGAGCUAAGCAUAUUUUUCUAUGGGAAAAAUGAAAAAAAGCCUUUUUCAGAAAUCACUGCUUGUGCCCGUUUUGUUAAACAAUAGUGUUCGACGGCCGAUGUGUUUUGCCGUACGGAUAUUGUUCUGAAGUCAGUAAGGAGCUCAAAUACGACUGUUGUUAUAUGCAGUAAAAUAAACCCCUUUAUUUGGAAUGCAUUAAUAAUGUAUCAUUCAUUUUAAAUGCAUGUGAAAGUUCAUACUGUUAGGAAGGACGAGGUGUACUUUGUUGCGCACUUAAGCUAACCUUAGCAUGGUGGCAGUUUGUCAUUUCGAUUACAACCAAAUCAUAAUAUCCUUCAAGACAUUUUCUCAAUGUAAUGAUUAACGAUUAGGCAAUACGAAUAGCUGGUUAGUUUAUUAUGGGGAAGAGGGCAAUAAAAGCUCUAUGGGGAAAAAUAGAUGGCUGCUAUUGAGCCUUGUGGUAAACAAAAAUGUUUCGAAGCCAAAAUGUUUUGCCUUAUGCAUGUGGUUCUGAAUUAUGAGGUCAUGAAGGAGCCAGAAUACAACUGUUGCUGUAUGCAAGCUAACACAGCUGUGCCCUGUACUGUAAUUACUAGAGAAAAUAUCCCACACAAGCCAGCAAACUUUGUCAAAUGUGCUCGUUACGUUUAGGCUGUGCUUUUAGUAUCUGGUAUUAGUGUUAAAGUCAAGUACAUGACUUAAUUGCAUGCAAUGUCAUUUCAGUACACAGGAGUGUUCGCUUGUGUGUAGCAUAUAUGUAGCAUCAUUCAUAUUUUGACUGCUAAACAACGUCGUAAUUCAUAAAAAUCCUUUGACAUUUGGGGGAAAAUGUACACAGGACAAAAUGUUUU